UCAAUUCAAAUUCAAAAUCAGAGUUGGAGAGGUGACCGUUAUUUUAAUUAUUACACACAUUGCUGAUACAUCCUUGACAGUCCGACGGUGAUUUUGGUUCUUGUUCCUCGUCAGUUUUGACUUCAGGACCGAAAUAUGAUGCAAAUUAUCAGUAAUUAAAAGGGUCGCAACAAAACUUAAAUACUGAUGGUCCUGCUGGUCCGAUUGAUGAAAAAAAUGAGACCGACCACGACGACGAAAUAGCGCACGAUGAGGAGUCUCACCUUCCCCAUUUCUCAAACCUCCUCGAGCAUCAACUUAAACUGCCAAUCCGAGUUUUCUUCACACAACGCAACGAUUUUGCUGAUAAUUAUAGAAUUUUACAUUUUUUUUUUAAUUCACAAAAUUUAUUUGAUAUACAAUCUCUGAAGAAUUAUAUUGCAGUUCGGGAACCCCUCCGUAAACCCAAUCAGAGAUAAAAAUCCAACAUGUUUUAUCACAUUGGAAUGGACCAUGAAAUUUUACUUCAUCCACAGUAUUUCGGUCCUCGACUCAUGGAUACUGUAAAGCAGAAAUUGUUUACAGAAGUUGAAGGAACUUGCACAGGAAAAUAUGGAUUUGUCAUCGCGGUCACAACCAUUGACAGCAUUGGAGCUGGUACAAUUCUCCCUGGACAAGGAUUCGUCUUAUAUCCAGUUAAAUAUACAGCCAUAGUGUUCCGUCCCUUUAAGGGUGAAGUUGUAGAUGCUGUAGUCACACAGGUCAAUAAAGUGGGAAUGUUUUGUGAAAUUGGACCGUUAAAGUGCUUCAUCUCUCACCACUCUGUUCCAGCUGAAAUGGAGUUUGAUGCUUCCAGCCAGCCACCCUGCUACAAAUCUAAGGAUGAGGAUAUUGUAAUCAAGCAAGACGAUGAAAUAAGAUUGAAAAUUGUGGGGACAAGAGUGGACGCGUCUGGAAUCUUUGCUAUUGGAACCUUAAUGGAUGAUUACCUUGGGUUGAUUUCGACCUAAAUAAAUUCUUGAUUGACUUUUUUAUAUAUACAUUUAAUGUUGAGUAGAACUAUUAGUGUUAAAGUACUUCUUCAAUCAGAUUUGUCAGGCAUACAAACUUAAACCUAUUAUGUCAACCUUUCCCAUUCAUAUUUAUUAUUCCAUGCGUAGAUUUUUUAAAGACUGAUAUCUUUUUUGUGUAAACUUCUUAUAUGAUGGGUGAAAGAUAAGUUUUAUACCAAUCUCAUAAUAAACGUGUUUAGUUCCACACUUCCAACUUUCUGCAAA